AUGCUCGAUUCACACACUCGACACCGGCAACAGAAGAGCAACUUUAGCAGAAUUAUUGUAUUAUUAGAGUUUGAGACAGUGAUUUUGAGGAAGUGCUCAGAGUUUCAGGCUUAUUUUCUGAAGAAAUGAAGUUAGCGCUGAGGGUUUGUGUGUUUCUGCUAAUGGCGAGAGCUUCAGUGUGUGCUGAUAUUACCGUGAGAGCAGCAGAAGGAGGAGAAGCUGUUAUUAACUGUCCUUAUUAUGGAGGAUAUGAGACGUCUUAUAAAUACUUCUACAAAGGACCUUACAAAGAGAGUACACUAUGGCUAAAGUCUGAUGGAGGAGAGUCUCCAGUGUUCAAUGGCAGAUUCUCACUAAAGGACGAUCAUAAAGCGGGAUUAUUUACAGUGACCAUCAGAGAUCUGCAGAUGAACGAUGCUGGACCGUACACCUGUGCUGCUGGAUGGGGAGAUUCUAAAUUAAUCCAGCUUAAUGUGAUCAGAGCACCAAAGAAACACAAACCUGUCCAGAUCUCCACAUCCACCACUCAUUCAGAUAAAACUUCAGAUCAAGCUCUCAGGUCAUCUUCACACACGGGGCCUGAUCUGAGUUCAUCAGCUGUAAAUCCACAAUCCACCGUCAGCACUUUCACAGACCAUCACGUCUCCUCAGACUCGUUUAUGAUCAUCAUCACUGCGGAGGCUUCAGUUUUGCUCCUGAUUGCUCUCCCGCUGCUCAUCCUGGUUGUACGGCAGAGAAAGAAGCCUGACGGUCUGUGCUCCACAGAGUUCACUACAGGCAUUUAUCAACAGAUAAAAGAUAAUCCAGCAGACAGAGACACACACACUACUGUGUGCUACAGCUGUGUUUGAUGAACUAUAAUGAGACUCAAGAACUGAUGAUUCAACAACAACAACACAAACCAGCUCAUUUACACUGAUUUACUCAUUCAUAUAAGCUUAUUAAUAACCAAAAUAACUAAUAAAUCAUCCAUAUUGUAAUGUGAAGUGGACACUGACAACGGAGUGCGGAUCCAAAUGCAGGUUUUAUUAACAGGAUGGUCAGGCAAGCAACAGGCAACACAGGAUUGGAAACAGAUGGAUACGGGCAAUCCAGAGUUGUAGUCAGAUAACAGGCGAUUGGUCAGAAGGCAGGCAGCAUACAACGUAAACAAACAAAACAAAAUGACGAUCAAAAACACGGCUAGACAAGGAAACCGCGUCGUAAUGUUCACCAACAGUAUAACAAGACUCAGCAAUGAUAUGUGUGUGUGUGCGCGCUGUCUAUGAAUCAGUCCGUGAGCAGCAUCAGCUAUGCGAGUCUAAUCAACAGAGAUUUGGAGCAGGCGUGUAUGUGUGUGUUGCAUGACUGGAGCUUGUUGUCCAAAUAAUGGCGGAUUUGUAGUCCUUUGCGAUCUGUGUGUU